GAAUUCCUCACGACCCUGUGCACAGAAUGCUACUUCCAAGUGAACGUCGGAGCACGUGGUCGACCAACAUUUGCAGCAACCAACUCUUCUCUGGUUCUCGAAAAACGCGACCGCGUUCAUUUGAGAGUGGUAAAUCCCGAUCGAAAUCUCACUUCAGUAUUCGUCUCGUUUGUCCUCACCAUCCAGGCAGAGAUGCGACCGUCGUUCGAUGGAGGCAUUUUAAGGACUCUUGUUCAACUUUUGGACACCAAUAUCGAGAUGGAAGUUGGUGCGUUUCCGAAAUCGUGGGGAAUUUUUAUGCAAGAUCUAAUGAGAGGAAUGAUUAUGGAUAUGCUGUGGCCUGAGAUCAAGAACGCUAUUGAGGAGCUCAGCUAUGGCAAAGGAGUGCGAAUCUCUCGUGCUUGUGGAGUCGAACCGAAUGAGAUCAGCCUUGAUAUUGGAGAAGGAAGCUUCGCAGUUACUUCACGCCUGGCACUGCAAUAUCUCGAUCUGGAAAAAUGUCUCAAAGAUUUGAAGACGUCGCUACCGAAUACGUCGAAAAUAUUCCAGAAAUUAGAACGAUAG